AUGCCCCAAAUCCGUUCUCGCCCACAUUAUCCUCACUUGAAACACGACCUUCAAGAAGAACCUGGCGGACAGCGUGGCGACAAAUGCUUAAAGUACUAUUUGCAGUACGGUAAAAAUAAAUUGACUGGAGGGAUUAUGUGUGCGUGGUGUACCCAUAGCAUCUGCUAUGGGUUUCACUGCAUACCCAACGGUGAAGCUAUGAUCACCCGCUGGCCCAAAGCCCCAAAGGUGGUCGUCUAUGAUUUUGCAUGUGCACUUGGACCCUAUUGCCUCACUUGUGAGCCCGAGUUUUUCGCAGACACACUUUUUGUAGUGGACGGUUUUCACGCAAAGGGGCAUACAAAAUCGGUUUUUCUCAAUACCUAUGCUAAUACAGAUCCUCAACUGGCACAAAUCAACUCUAGCGCUGCAGAAUGUGGUAAUAGUGCCCUGAAACGAAUCCGAAAAUCUGUCAGUUACAUGUCCCAAGAUCACGCAAUUUUGUACACGAAAGUCUUCCUUGCACUGGAUAGUACGAGAUUAUUGAUUUGGGAGGUUUAUAUGUAUGACACUACGCCGAACACUGUCACGGUAUUACUGUGCAUGAAAUAG